GUGACAACCCAGCUAAAAGUCGUCACCACCGCCCUGUUCAUGAUGGCGUUCCUCGGCCGGAAGUUCUCCGGCAAGCGCUGGGUGGCGAUUUUCCUGCUUUUCGUCGGUGUCGCUUUUGUACAGCUCGACACUAUCCAACAAAAAUCCGUCGUCAAGGCCGGAAAUGUCGAAAACUACUUUGUCGGGAUUAUCGCCGUCUUGUCGACCUGUUUUACGGCUGGAUUUGCAGGGGUUUACUACGAGAAAAUGCUGAAAGACGGCGGCUCAACGCCGUUCUGGAUUCGGAAUCUGCAAAUGUACAGCUGCGGAGUGAUCGUCACAGCCCUCGGCUGCCUCAACGAGCACGGCGCCAUCCGCGAGAAGGGCUUCUUCUACGGGUACGACGAGAAGGUGUUCAUCAUUGUUGGCCUGCUCUCCGUCGGCGGCAUCUACAUCUCGCUGGUGAUGAAGCACCUUGACAACUUGUACAAAUCGUUCGCCUCGGCCGUGUCCGUCAUCUUUGUCGUCAUCCUGUCGCUGUUCGUCUUCGAGGGCGUCUACAUUGGCGCGUACUUUGUGCUCGGGACGGCAAUGGUCUGCUUCGCCAUCCUCAUGUACAACUCGGUGCCUGAA